AAGGUGACUUGCUUCAUGCUGCAUCACAUCGAGGAACCCUGCUCCCUGGGGGCUCACGCGGCUGUCAUUGUGCCACCCACCUGGAUCAUUAAGGUGAAGAAACCUCAGAACUCUCUGAAGGCUUCCAAUCGGAAGAAGAAGAGAACAAGCUUUAAAAGGAAAGCCAGUAAAAGAGGAUCUGAACAAGAAAACAAAGGCCGUCCCUUUGUGAUAAAACCAGUCUCUUCUCCUCUCAUGAAACCCUUGCUUGUGUUUGUGAACCCCAAGAGUGGAGGCAACCAGGGAACAAAAGUCCUGCAGAUGUUCAUGUGGUACCUGAAUCCACGGCAAGUCUUUGAUCUUUCUCAGGAAGGGCCAAAAGAUGCGCUUGAGUUGUAUAGGAAAGUACCAAAUCUGCGGAUUCUGGCCUGUGGUGGCGAUGGAACGGUGGGCUGGAUCCUUUCUGUCUUGGACGAACUGCAGCUGAGUCCUCAGCCUCCCGUCGGAGUCCUUCCUCUGGGGACUGGCAACGACCUGGCUCGAACUCUCAACUGGGGAGGGGGCUACACUGAUGAACCUGUUUCUAAGAUCCUUUGCCAAGUAGAAGAUGGGACUAUUGUACAGCUAGAUCGCUGGAACCUCCAUGUGGAAAGAAACCCUGACUUGCCUCCCGAAGAACUCGAAGAAGGCGUGUGUAAGCUUCCUCUGAAUGUUUUCAAUAAUUACUUCAGCCUUGGAUUCGAUGCCCACGUCACGCUGGAGUUUCAUGAAUCCAGAGAAGCAAAUCCAGAGAAAUUCAACAGUCGUUUUCGAAAUAAAAUGUUCUAUGCAGGGGCAGCUUUUUCUGAUUUCCUGCAGAGAAGCUCUAGAGAUCUAUCCAAACAUGUUAAAGUUGUUUGUGAUGGAACAGAUCUCACCCCAAAGAUUCAGGAACUGAAGUUCCAGUGUAUAGUAUUUUUAAAUAUACCCAGAUAUUGUGCUGGCACAAUGCCCUGGGGGAACCCAGGGGAUCACCAUGAUUUUGAACCUCAGCGUCACGAUGAUGGUUAUAUUGAAGUCAUCGGGUUCACCAUGGCCUCUUUGGCCGCCCUGCAAGUCGGGGGUCACGGGGAAAGGUUGCACCAGUGUCGGGAGGUGACGCUGCUGACUUACAAGUCCAUCCCCAUGCAAGUGGACGGGGAGCCCUGCAGGCUGGCCCCGGCUAUGAUCCAGAUCUCCCUGAGGAAUCAGGCCAACAUGGUGCAGAAGAGCAAGAGGAGAACAUCCAUGCCUUUACUCAAUGAUCCCCAGUCUGUCCCAGACCGCCUGAGGAUCCGGGUGAACAAAAUCAGUUUGCAAGAUUACGAAGGAUUCCACUACGACAAAGAGAAGCUCCGGGAAGCUUCCAUCCCUCUGGGCAUCCUAGUGGUACGUGGAGACUGUGAUCUGGAGACUUGCCGCAUGUACAUAGAUCGCCUACAGGAGGAUCUGCAGUCAGUUUCUUCUGGCUCCCACAGAGUUCAUUACCAGGACCAAGAAACCUCCUUCCCCAGGGCACUCUCAGCUCAGAGACUCUCUCCACGGUGGUGCUUUCUAGAUGCAACUUCUGCUGAUCGCUUUUAUCGAAUAGACAGAUCUCAGGAACAUUUGCACUUUGUGAUGGAGAUUUCUCAAGAUGAGAUUUUUAUUCUGGACCCAGAUAUGGUGUUGUCACAGCAGGCAGGGACACCUCACCUGCUGGUCGUGGAGCAAGCCUCAGGAAUGUCAGACUGGUGGAACCCUGCCCUCCGGAAGCGCAUGCUGAGCGACAGUGGGCUGGGCACGAUCACUUCGUAUUAUGAGGACUCAGAUAUGAAAGAUCUCAGCCCCUCCCGUGUGCUACAGUCACCAGUCUCUUCAGAAGAUCACGCAAUUUUGCAGGCAGUAAUAGCUGGUGAUCUUAUGAAGCUAAUAGAAAGCUAUAAAAAUGGAGGCAGCCUGCUAAUUCAGGGACCAGACCGCUGCUCACUCCUUCACCACGCGGCCAAAACCGGCAACGGGGAGAUCGUGAAGUACAUCCUUGACCACGGACCUUCCGAGUUGUUGGAUAUGGCAGACAGCGAAACGGGUGAGACCGCGCUGCACAAGGCUGCCUGCCAGCGGAACCGGGCUGUGUGCCAGCUUCUGGUGGAUGCGGGAGCAUCUCUGAGAAAGACGGACUCCAAGGGUAAGACACCUCAAGACAGAGCACAACAGGCCGGGGAUCCUGAUUUGGCUGCUUACCUAGAAAGUCGUCAGAACUAUAAGAUCAUCGCCCAUGAGGACCUCGAAACCGCUGUUUGACCCUGGUAGAUGGGCAAAGAGAACCUGAGCAAGCGAGCGUAUCACCUAUGCCCUCCUGGAGAUCGGGCGGCUCCCCUGGAAGAAGCUGAUGGAAUCCAUAAACCUGUCUCUCUCCUGCAAGAAUCUAUCUGAGGCCAUGCCACCAGUUUUUGAGGGCCGUCAAGGUGUACGACAAAACAUGAUAACCCCCAGAGGACGAGGCAGGAUACCUGGAGAUUUGUGGAAUAUGAGUUCCACAAAAUACGAUCCUUAUUGCUUCCAGCAAGUAGCAUGAACUUCUGUGUUCACCUGUAUAAUUCAUUUUAAAGAUUCAAUGGAUGUUCGUACAAAUGGCACAGCUCCCCCCUCCCCCCACACCUUCAUCUCCCCCUAUACCACUCCGUUCUUCUGUAACUACCCAUCAAUUUAAAAAAUGCGAUAUGAUGUGUUCUCUUUACAUUCAGUCCGCCGAAGACCACAAGAUUCUCUCUGAAGGUCUUGUCAGACCUUCUGGAUGUCCUGCAGAAAUAUAACUCUCAAACCGCUUCCAGUCCCAAGACUAAAUAUACCAAGAUGAGACUUAGUGACUUUUGCAUGUCUCUCCUCCCUCCCCAAUCCUUUUUCAUCACAUAAGAGCUGGAGAGUGCCGCAGGGAUUAUGUCAACUUAUGUCUCUGGGGUGUGGUGAGGUGGCAUGGGCGUUGUCUGUUCUCAGAGGGACCUCGGGGAGGCAGCCCAGGAGUGGGCGCAGGUGGCGGGCUGUUGCCGAUGGCCCGAAGGACUGCUUCAGCUUGGGCUGUUUGUACAGCUCCAUACUGCCUAUGUGUAGCCAUCUUUGCCUUUUGCUGCAAUGGAGGAGAGCGAUGGAUGAAGUGAAGGCCCGUCUAGUUUGCAGAACCACUCAGCUUUAAGUGCUGUUUCAACUGCAGAGCAGAAAACCAUGUGUGGGAACUGUGGUCACAGGAAAUGGAGUUAGCUCUAUGACAGCGUUUACUUCUAGGCUUGUUUGAGCGAUAAUGGAAAGCAGGCUAAUGGACUUGAAAUAAAACAGCAGAAGCAAAAGUAGCAACAUAUGUCAAAAUAGCUCACUUAAGUAAGAAAACAGUCACUGGAAUGUUGCACAGAGGCUAAUAAGUAUAGACUUUUUUGGGUACAGUGGUGAUGGGGGCGGGGGAGCUGGUUUAGGUUUUCCUUCUAAGUUUUUGGUUUUCAUUAUCCCAAGUACGCCUCGUCCCAAGGACAGAACCUUGCUGUGUGGGUUCCACUGCCAGAUUUCGGGAUGUGUGGCUCUUUCUGAUGGAUGCCUCAUCUAUUACUUUUCAGGUCCCAAGGUCAUACCUGAUAGCACUACAGCCCAUUUUCAUGUAUGGGGCAGUCUACUCUAUUCUUUUCUCUGUUUUUUUCUACUAGAAAGUUCUUAAUACAAACCACUGAGGGAGCCCACAGCAGAAUUGCAACUCCUAAUCCUGCCACAGAGCAGUUGCUACUCAUAAGCACCUGUGUUAGGGACCCUGUGACAACCAAAAUAUUAGGAGAGAAAGUCUUCUCACUUAUGAUGAAACGAUCUACUCAAUUUGGAUAUAAGUCAGAAAUGGAAGUGGGUGAUCAAGGUUUUGCCUUCGGAUUAAACUGCUUUCUUCCAUUUUGCCCUUAGACACAAGCAACGUGCUUCCUUGGCAUUUCUGCAUGCGAGCAUAAAUGAUCAUUUCUCUACGUUUAAUUUAAAGGUCCAGUGGUGAGGCAUUGCUUCUCUGAAUCACAUUUUGGUCGCAUUUUGAAAAUACAGGUAUGAUAAUACCGUUAAGUAGGAACAGCCUCUCAGUGGAUAAGCUCUAAGUCUCUCCUUCGUCGUUUCAAGUUCAAAUAGUUGGCGUUAUUUUCAGCUGUUGGAGGAGGAGUUGGUUGUGACUAAUCUAUUUCCAUAUAUCAGUCUUAGAAAUGGAACUAUCUUUUGGGUUUUAUGGUGAGGGAAGGAGGGACUGCAGUAGAUUGUUUCCAGAAGCUGGAAAAAUUAUGCUCCAGGAGAAUUUAAUCACUGGGCUUCUGCUGGGAGUUUUUCAAUUGGUGGGACUGUCAAGGAGAUGUUGUGAUGACAGAAAUAUAAUCCUUAAAACAGACCGAAAUCUGGCUUCAAAUGGUGCCUUCCAUUCCCUAGACUGAGCCGAACACUUGGCCACGUACUCAGUUACCCAGCUGCCAUCACUGGGGUGAAGGAUUGUAUUUCCACCAACGACCAUCUCAUAUUUCUCCGUGAUGCUUCAAAGCAGCCCAGAGAAAAUUUAGGGUACAAGUGGCUGUGGGCCAAUUCAAAUAGCUCCAGUUGAAGUCACAAGUAAAUCUCUGGAAUGAAAAUAGAUGACAUACUGACUGCUGCCGGGGUCCUGGUACAUUUGGAAAUCAUUCUAAACAAAAAAAUAAUAAUUAUCAUUAUUAUAAUUUAAAAAGCGUGAGAGUCAUACAUUACUGAUGGAGAAUGAUAUAAGACCAACUCAAAUAUCUCUUUGAAAAAGCAAACACACCCAGGACUUGGGCUUUCCAAAAAAAAAAAAAAAUCGGAAAUGAGCUUCAACAUUAAAUCUACCUGCCGUAGCAUUUUAGUUUUUAAUUGAUCAUUGCGUAUGAUAGUCCUGGGCUUUAGAAAGAGUUGAAGCCAUAUGCUUCAAGAGUUUCCAGCUCAGCUGAGGUACGCGGUAUCCCUCUUUUAAUGAGCCCCCGGCAAGCACAGAAGCAAAUGGUCUGGCCCCGGUCUGAAAAACGCACAUAACUUUAAUUUAAAAGACAUAAAACUGUAUACCUAUAGAAAUAUCAUUUUCUAAAGAACCUGCUGUGACAGUACUACAAGAGUGGCUGGCUGGGCAGACAUUCCUUUUCGUUUGACUCAAAUGAGCCCUUUGUGUUGGAGGCCCUGUCUGUCCUGGGAAUCCAUUUUUAGGUUAUCUGAUAGAGGGAUGAGAAAUGGAGAGUUAUGAAAAGACAGCGCGAUCUAACCUUACAGGUAGUCAUUUCUGAAGCCUCAUUUUCCAGGAGUAUACAUGUGAGGAAAUAGAACCCAGUUAAGCUCUGCUUUAUCGCAUUUGAGGCCAUGAUAAAGAACAGGAGCCAAGAAGGAAAUAAACACCACAGCUGAGAAUUUCACUUUGUGAGUUCUGGUCCCCUCUGUAGAGGUUACGACCUCAAACCAACACAAUUUCAGAAACAGGAUUUAACCAGCACAUACACGGCCAUGAAGGUAGUGAUGACUGAGAGGAUGUCUCAUCGCCCCGUUGCUCACUACCCUUUCGUAAGAGCUGGCCCAGUGCUUACAGGUAGAUCUGUUUGCAAAGAACGUACUCAGCAGGUGGUUACUUUUCA